CUCGGCGAGCCGGCGCGCCGGGUCAAGGGUCAGCCGGAAAGAUGGCGGCGGCGUUGACCUUCCGCCGGCUGCUGCUCUCGCCCCGGGGCGCACGGGGGCUCGGGGUGCGAGUCUCGAGCACGGGAGAGAAGGUCACGCACACCGGCCAGGUUUACGAUGACAAAGACUACAGGAGAGUGCGGUUUGUCGGCCGUCAGAAGGAGGUGAACGAGAACUUUGCCGUGGACCUGAUAGCGGAGCAGCCCGUGAGCAGCGUGGAGAGCCGCGUGAUCUCCUGUGACGGCGGGGGCGGGGCCCUCGGCCACCCGAAGGUCUACAUCAACCUGGACAAAGACACGAAGACCGGGACGUGCGGCUACUGCGGGCUGCAGUUCCGACAGCACCGGCACUAGGCGGCAGCCGGGCCGGAGCAGCGGGGUCGUGUCCGUCUGAAUAAAGCUGCCGCUGUCCGCA